GAGGGGGAUGAGGAGAAGGUGAAGGAGGAGGAGGAAGAAGAAGAAGAGGAAAAGAAAAAGAAGAAGGCAUCUUCUCAUGGGUGGAUCUUUGUCUGAACCCAGAACAGAAGCAGGUCGUAGUGAGUCAUCUCGCUGUCAGAGGAUCUCCGUUCAUCGGCAGGAUGGCAGCAGGCAGCAUGUGGAGGUCACUGGUGAGCCAGAUGAUGGGCAGAGCAACAAGGAGACUGGCUCCUUCUCCUGCUUCCUUCUCCAGAGGGAUGCAAACGGUUACUCUGAUUCCUGGUGAUGGGAUCGGUCCGGAGAUCUCCGCCGCUGUUGUGAAGAUAUUUGAAUCAGCAAAAGCUCCAAUCAGAUGGGAGGAGAGGAACGUCACAGCGAUUAAAGGACCUGGGGGCAAGUGGAUGAUCCCUCCUGAUGCCAAAGAGUCCAUGGACCGGAGCAAGAUCGGCCUUAAAGGACCCCUCAAGACACCCAUUGCUGCUGGACAUCCCUCCAUGAACCUGCUGCUGAGAAAAACCUUUGACCUUUACGCCAACGUGCGGCCCUGCGUCUCCAUCGAAGGCUACAAGACGCCAUACACAGACGUGGACCUGGUGACGAUCCGGGAGAACACGGAGGGCGAGUACAGCGGUAUCGAGCAUGUGAUUGUAGACGGCGUCGUACAGAGCAUCAAGCUGAUCACGGAGAACGCCAGCAGACGCAUCGCAGAAUACGCCUUCGAGUACGCCAGAAACAACCAGAGGAGCAGCGUUACAGCUGUCCACAAAGCUAACAUCAUGAGGAUGUCAGAUGGUCUGUUCCUCCGAAAAUGUCGGGAGGUGGCUGAGAACUACAAAGAUAUCAAAUUCACGGAGAUGUACCUUGACACAGUGUGCCUCAAUAUGGUUCAGGACCCAACCCAGUUUGACGUCUUGGUUAUGCCCAACCUGUAUGGAGACAUCCUCAGUGACCUGUGUGCCGGUCUGAUCGGAGGAUUAGGAGUCACUCCCAGCGGGAACAUUGGAGCCAACGGAGUCGCCAUCUUUGAGUCGGUGCAUGGCACCGCCCCUGACAUCGCAGGUUUGGACCUGGCAAACCCCACCGCCCUGCUGCUCAGCGCCGUCAUGAUGCUGCGACACAUGGGUCUCCACGAGUACGCCAGUCGGAUCCAGACCGCUUGUUUUGACACCAUCAGAGACAAGAAGGUUCUGACAAAAGAUCUGGGAGGAAACUCUAAGUGUUCUGAGUUCACAUCUGAAAUCUGUCACCGAGUUCAGGAUCUGGCCUGAAACUGCAGCAACAAUGGGGCGAGGGCGGGCGGGCGGUCCCCCCCUUGCUUCCCCCCCAAAAAAAAAUCAGCUCCAGAAGACCGUGGGGGCGGAGCUUCUGCAUCAGCUUCCUGUUUUAACAUUCACUUUGAAACGCACAAGAAAGAAGCAGCUCUUUAAUGUUCUCACUGUUCUGCAGCACUUUGUCACCAUGGCUAAAGUGUCCUUUUAUUUAUUGUUUCUACUUCCUGUUCUGUUGUCUUCAUGUUCUCAGAACUACAAAUAUAAAGUUCUACGAUUAAAACGGUUCCGUGUUUG